AUGGCCUUUGAGGAGCAAGAAAAUGAACUGCUUGCUCUGCAAAGUAUCUUUGGCUCAGAGGACUUUAUUCGCCAUGAAUCGAAGUCUGCGGGAGAGAUACGAGUUUCGGUAGAGCUUCCCUCGGAAUACAAAGUGGCACUCAGAGAAGGUGGCACAUUAAAGCAGUACAAGAUAUCAUUCCUUCCAACACUGCUUCUGACCUUUGAACUCCCUGAGAAUUACCCUUACUCCUCUCCACCUGACUUCACUCUCUGUUGUAGCUGGCUUACUCAAAAGCAGCUUGCAGAUCUUGGAACUCAUCUCACUGAACUCUACAAUGCCAGCAGAGGUGAUGUGGUGCUCUUCUCUUGGGUACAGUUUCUAAGAGAAGAUACUAUCAGAUUCCUGAACAUCACUUCCAUGCUAGAACUGUCAAAUGAGCCCAGCACUUCAUUCAGUAGCCAAGGAACAAUGGAUGUGGAACCCUCGGAGCAGGAAAACAGUCAGACCACCGGAUAUUCUCACCCUCGCUCACUUAGUGAUGAUAAAAACGAAGCACGAGACCCUUUAAACGAACACAAUCCCUUCUCUGGUCUCUCACUGACUCCAUCGCAAACUCUCCUGUCUAAGAUUUUGAUCCAUGAUGCAGCACAGGAACAGAAAGUUUUUCAAAGCACAGUUUAUGACUGUGCUGUGUGCUUCAUAAGUUACCUGGGUUCAGAAUGUAUCAAGAUACAGGAAUGCGGUCAUGUCUUCUGCCGAUCCUGUCUCGCUGAGUACUGCAAGGUUCAGAUAACAGAGGGAAAUGUCCGUGGUGUCACUUGUGCUCAGGAAGGCUGCACAGCUUUACCCGCACAAGCACAAGUGCAGAGUCUAGUAGGCGAAGAACUGUUCAAACGCUAUGACCGCCUUCUUUUGCAGUCCACCCUGGACCGUAUGUCAGAUGUGAUAUACUGUCCACGGACCUCCUGUGCAUCUCCAGUGAUUAUAGAGAAGGACGGCAAUGUGGCCCUCUGCUCCAUCUGUGGCUUUGCCUUCUGCACUUCCUGCAAAAAGGCUUACCAUGGAACUAAUGACUGCGAACUGCUGAAUAGCCACCCAGAAAAUGAUUCAGAGCAAAGCAUUGCAGACCUGCCCCGCUCACUUGAGGGUAUGAAAGCUCUAUGGGAAGACUAUGCGAGUGGCAGUAAGCAGAGACGGCGCCUGCUAGAAAGCAGGUAUGGUGGAAAGGGUCGGUUUCCCAAGCUUGAGGACUACCUAAGUGGGGGCUGGAUUGCACUCAAUAGCAAAAACUGUCCAUACUGCUCCUGCAAGAUAGAGAAAAACGGCGGGUGUAACAUUGUCACAUGCUCACAGUGUGAUCGACAUUUCUGCUGGAUCUGCCUGACCGUGCUUUCAGGCAGGACAUACCAACACUUCCAGAGCAGCGAAUGUUACCUUUACCUAUAA